AUGGCCAAUACCUCACAAACUCCCGUAUCAAGGCUACGUGCUGCUCUUUCAACACCUGGGAAUAUUGUCGUCAGUCCGGGGGUAUAUGAUGGCCUUACCGCAAGAAUAGCCUUAGGGGCUGGUUUUGACUGCCUGUAUAUGACAGGAGCGGGGACGACAAUGUCUCGGCUUGGAAUGCCAGAUUUGGGAAUAGCUACUUUGAACGAUAUGAGGGAUAAUGCAGCCAUGAUAGCUUCAUUAGAUCCAUCCGUUCCGCUAGUAGCGGAUGCCGACACAGGUUUUGGGGGUCCCCUAAUGGUCGGAAGAACAGUUUCGCAGUACAUGAGAGCCGGGGUAGCCGCCCUCCAUAUUGAGGAUCAAGUGCAGUCGAAGCGAUGUGGUCAUCUGAUGAACAAGGAACUUGUCUCGGAAACCGAGUUCAUCUCUCGGAUUCGAGCGGCGGUCCUAGCACGUGAGCAGGAGAAGGGGGACAUUAUCAUCAUCGCUAGAACGGAUGCAUUAGACUCGUUAGGGUAUGACGCUGCCAGAGACCGGCUAAGAAAGGCCGUCGAAGCGGGGGCAGAUUUAGUUUUCCUUGAGGGCAUCAAGACGAAAGACCAAGGCAGACAAAUCUGCGAGGACAUGGCCCCUACGCCGUGUCUCUUCAACUGCGUCCCGGGCGGUGUUUCGCCCGUCUUGUCCGUGCAAGAAGCAAAAUAUUUAGGUUAUCGAAUGAUAAUACUUCCCGCCUUUGCCUUGGGACCUGUCUACGAGGCGGUAAUGGAAGCAGCUAAAGUAUUGAAGAAUACUGGUAUCUCCGUCGAAUCAAAGGCAAAAACCAGUCCCAGAGAUGUCUUUAUCGCGUGUGGGUUGAAAGAUUGUAUCGCGUUUGAUGCUGCGGCGGGUGGUAAGUCGUUCUCAAAGGGGGUUUGA